CCCAACGAAGACGAAGAUAAAAUUCAUCGAAGAGCACAAGGCGCUGAAAAAGCGUGAGCGAGCACUUUCGAAGAUCACAAGAACCAUGUCGUCUUCAUUCGCUGACUCGUUCGAUCAACUCGCUGACGACUCACGACCCGCCGCUUCGACUCGGCCGUUCGACGACGACGGUUACCUCGGCUACGAUCCUCGCCUUCCUUCCCAGAGAUUCGAUUCGUUCUCGAAUUUCGCGGACUCUGAGUCCGUCAAGGACUCGGCCAUUGACGACUCGCCGAUCUUCACUUCGCAGUCUAUCCCCGACACUCCCUCUCCGCCGCCGAUCUACGCCUCCGGCGGCGGUUUCUCCCCCGAUCCGGCGGAAUUCUCGACUUUCUCGCCGGAAGCGAACGGAAAGGCAUUCGACGGUGGCUCUGUUGCUUCGAACGGGCCGAUUCUGCCGCCUCCGGCGGAAAUGGAGCCCGAGGAGGGUUACGCUCUCAGAGAAUGGAGGAGUCAGAAUGCAAUUCGACUCGAGGAGAAGGAGAAGAGAGAGAAAGAAUUGUUGAGCCAAAUUAUUGCUGAAGCAGAAGAGUACAAGGUUGAUUUCUACACGAGAAGGAAGGUGACCUGUGAAACCAACAAAACCACCAACAGGGAAAAGGAGAAGUUAUUUGUGGCCAUCCAAGAGAAGUUCCAUGCAGAGGCAGACAAGAAUUACUGGAAGGCAAUUGCAGAGCUCGUACCUAACGAAGUACCAGCUAUAGAAAAGAAGAGAGGAAAGAAAGAACAGGAGAAGAAGCCAUCUGUCGUCGUGAUUCAAGGGCCAAAGCCGGGGAAACCAACUGAGCUAUCAAGGAUGCGGCAGAUACUCAUAAAGCUUAAGCACAACACACCUCCACACCUCAAGGCGGCACCGGCACCGGCACCGACUAAGGAUGCUAAAUCUGGUGCCGCUACUACUUCUGCUGCUCCUCCCAAGGCUGCAGUUGUGGCUGUGGCAAGCACAGUUGAGGCCAUAGCCGUUGCUUAGUAGUUUUACUUUGUGGGUUUUGUAUGUCCAGGUAUUUGGUUGCAAGGAGAGAGAUGCACUUCUGGAUAUUUAUUAGUUUCUGUAUAUGUAUGAAAAACAUAGUUUAUCUGGACAAGUAUUAUUAUUAAUCCCUAGUUGUUAAAAUAUUGUGUUGCCUGCUAGAUGGAAUAUAGCAUACCCCUCAGAUUGUGUGCAGUCAAACCUUUUUAGGACCUCUGUUUGGGUGUCCUUGAUUUAUUUUUAUAUUGUGGUUUUUUUAAUA